AUGCUUUGUUCCCCUGAACAAAGUGUUGCUCUACUUCAUUUAAAGAAUACCUUUUCCCUUGAUAAAUAUGCUUCUGCAGAUUGCGACAACUUUAAUCAAUUUAGUGGGUGUACUAAGACAGAGUCCUGGAAAGAGGGUAGUGAUUGCUGUCUGUGGGAUGGUGUCACUUGUGAUAAACUCACUAGACAUGUGAUUGGCCUCGACCUUAGUCGGAGCUGGCUUGUUGGCUUUAUCAAUGAAAAUAGCAGUCUCUUCCUCCUCCACCAUCUCCAGAGGCUCAAUCUAGCUUGCAAUAACUUCCUUGGAUCGCAAAUCUCACCCAAAUUUGGUAAGUUCACCAAAUUAACACAUCUAAACCUUUCUCACUCCAAUUUGUUUGGCCUAGUUCCCACCGAAAUGUUUCUCCUAUCUGAUCUUAUUUCACUUGAUCUCUCCAACCUUUACCUAAGUAUGGACCAACAUGGUUUCAAUAAGCUCUUGCAAAAUUUAACGGAAUUAAGAUAUCUUCAUCUUGACUUUGUUGACAUGUCUACUAUUUCAAUUGGUUCUUUGGUAAACCUGUCUUCUUCUUUGAUAUCCCUCAACCUUUGCGAUAAUCAAAUGCAAGGCAAGUUUCCAAAUGAAAUUUUUCUAUUUCCAUUUCUCCAGAGGCUAAGAUUAUCAUCAAAUAGAGACAUGACAGGUAAUUUGCCAGAGUUUAAUAAGAGCAGUUCUCUCAAAAUACUGGAUCUCUCUAUCCUAAGUUUCUCAGGAAAAUUACCUGACACAUUUGGCAAUCUUGUGUACUUAAAUUAUCUGUCUCUUUAUGCAUGCAAUUUCCAUGGGUCACUUCCACCAUCACUCGGAAAACUUACCAAAAUCACCUAUAUGGAUUUGUCAGCCAACAGUUUUACUGGACAAGUCCCAAUUUCAGUAUCUAAACUUGUCCAACUCACUUGGCUAUCUCUUGAAUAUAAUAAUUUUUCUGGAAGUUUUCCAGAUGUUUUGUGUAAUCUUAGUAAAUUAGAGACUAUAUCUCUCUCCACUAAUAAUUUUAGUGGUCAGUUGCCAACAUCAGUAUUCACCCUGAAUGGACUUCUUUCUUUGGACUUUUCUUUUAAUCAAUUUCAGGGUCAGUUUCCAAGUCGGAUAAGUGGUCUUUCAUAUCUACGUGUCAUCUGCUUAGAAAUAAAUCUUCUAAAGGGCAGAGUACCAGCAUGGCUGUUUGCUCUGCCAUCAUUGGAGAGUUUAUAUCUUUCCUACAAUAAACUCACAGAUCUGAUUGAGCAGUUACAACAGGUUGGUCCAAUAAGAGAUGUUGAUUUAAGUGAUAACGAGAUUCAUGGUCCAGUUCCAGAUUUGUUUUUUCAACUUUUGAGUCUCAGUUAUCUAAAACUUGCAAACAAUAACUUCAGUGGCAAUGUGCAGUUAGAGAUGCUUUCAGAGCUUAAAAAUCUAACAAGUAUUGAUCUUUCAUAUAAUGCGUUUUUGUCAUUAACAGGAAAGGUCGUCUUACCUCAGCUUGCACAAGUCCUUUUAUCUUCUUGUAGCAUAACUAAGGUCCCGAUUUUCUCAGGUACUUCAAGUUUACGAGUGCUAGACCUUUCCAAUAACACAAUCUCUGGUCGAAUUUCCCAGUUAGAGCUUGGAAAUUGUUCCCAAUUGUAUUACCUAAAUCUGUCUCACAAUUUGCUUACCAGUUUUGAGUACAUUCCAUCCAUGGUCGACCUUACACUUGACCUUUCAUCCAACAUACUCCAAGGACAACUUGUGGAUCUACCAACUCGGGUUUUUUUCUUCUCAGCCUCAAACAAUGAUCCGACUGGAGAGAUCCCUCCAUCAUUUUGUAAUUUGAGCGCACCUUACUCUCUUGACUUUGUCCCAUAA